CUCUGCCGUAGCCCCCUCCUCCUUCUCCAUCCGGGUGCUGGGGUUGGGAUAAGAGGCUGACUGCGCUUGCGCGCCCAUCCCCACUCGGUUCGACCUCUGCCGCAGCCGCUUGAGAAAGAUAGCAGAGAAAGCGGCAUUAAGCCGAGCCCUCACCUCCCGCCACUUGAUCCAGUCGCCGCCGUCCCAGCUGCACCUAAGAUGUAUGCCUGCGCCAAGCUCGCCUGCUCCCCCGCUCUGAUCCGUGCUGGAUCCAGAAUUGUGUACAGACCAAUUUCUGCAGCAGUGUUGUCUCGACCAGAGGUCAGGACUGGAGAGGGCAACACAGUAUCUUAUGGGGCCCAGAACAGGAUGUCUCAGCCAGCACUAAGGGAGUUCCAGACCAGUGCUAUCAGCAGAGACAUUGACACUGCUGCCAAAUUUAUUGGUGCAGGUGCUGCCACAGUAGGUGUGGCUGGUUCUGGUGCUGGUAUUGGAACUGUCUUUGGUAGUCUGAUUAUUGGUUAUGCCAGAAACCCUUCAUUGAAGCAGCAGCUGUUCUCAUACGCUAUCCUGGGAUUCGCCUUGUCUGAAGCUAUGGGUCUCUUUUGUUUGAUGGUUGCUUUCUUGAUCUUGUUUGCCAUGUAAUAAGUUGCUGCUUGAAAUGUUGACAUUUAAUACAAAUUACGGAUGUAAUUCUGUGUAUCUUACUGUGGCUCCGAAAACUAUUGUGUUGGUGUCAUGGAAAUGUACAUUAUUUCCAAAGUCAUUUCAUUAAAGAUGAUAACUUUAA